AUGGAUCAGUUUGAUUUUGAGACGGCCGCAUGUUUUCAAGCCUUGGAAGAACAGCAAGCGUAUGAAGCACAUGUGACUGAUGGUGGCACCCCAGUUCCCGGUGAAUCUGCUGUUGAUGAUGACUCAGAUGGUUCAUUUGAGCUUAUGAAUGAUGAGGAACAGAUGAUCAUUAGCCCAGCAGUUAAAGCAGCAGCGUUCAGGUUGCAUGUGAACACAGCCCACCGCAGUCCUUCACGACUUGCUCGAGCAUUGUUGGUAUGUGGUGCUCCCAAGGAAGCAGUUCUUGCGGCGCGAAGACUGAAAUGUGCUGUUUGCCAAGAGCGUCGGCAACCAAAGGCUCGAUUGCCAGCCAGUUUGCCUCCACCUCGUGAAGUGGGCCAGCAAGUUCAUGUGGAUUUGGUCCUGGUGGAGGACUCCUUGAGGCAAACCCAUGUUGUUGCCCAUGCCACAGAUGCAGUGUCGAAGUUUCAAGCAGCCGCAAUCAUGAAGGACAAAAGCACUGAAUCCUUCAUCAACUUUCUGACCACGAGAUGGUUGCCUCUGUUGGGUACGCCUUCGACCAUUGUGGCUGAUCAAGGCAGAGAGUUCAUUUCAGAGUCCUUUUGCAGCUGGUGUGACAGCAAGUCGAUUUACUUGAAGCACAUUGCUGUUGGAGCGCCAUGGCAAAAUGGCAUUGCUGAGCGAUCAGGUGGAACACUCAAAGCUGUACUUGGUUCCAUCACCACAACGCACUUCAUUUCAACUUCACUGGAAAUGGAUACAGCGGUGUCUGAAGCUGUGAGUGCCUACAACUAUGACAUUCAUGAGAAUGGCAUGGCGCCGAUCCAAUGUGUGACUGGCCGAGUUCCCCCGGCCUAUGGAGAUGUGCUCAACAACUUCUCUCAGAGGCUUGCUGAACAUUCACUGAUUGCUGCUGAGCCGUCUUUGGCAAAGCAGGUUGCUCUGAGAGAGACUGCAAGACUGGCAAUGAUCAGGUUGCAUUACAGCAGAAGCUUGCGAACUGCUGAGUUAGCCCGUUCCAGGCCAAGCACCCAAGAUCAGACACCAGUCCCAGGAGACUUAGUGUUCUUUUGGCGAGCUCAGAAGUAUGUUGGCAAGAAUCGGAACUCUAGUUCAAGACGCAAGUUGGCCUUGAGACGCUGGCACGGCCCUGGGUUGCUUGUGGCAUUGGAAGGUGAUGUAGCUGCAAAUUGUUUCAUAUCAUACAGAGGGCAGUUGACAAAAUGUCCUUUGGAGCAUGUUAGGCCUGCAUCAUCUUUGGAAAGCAUUGCAGCUGGUUCCUGGCAAGCGGCAAUUGAUGAGGUCAUUCAAGCUGCCCGGAAUGAAGGCCAAGGUCAAGAUGAACCUGCCGAUGAUGAAGCUGGUUUGCCAAGCCCUGAAGAAACUUUUCAACAAGAUGCUCAGAUCGAACCAGGGACACCAGUUCCAUCGGGCUUGUCACCUCAAGAGAUUGUGGCAGCCUCGCAGCCAGCGAUUUCUGAGCCACCUGCAUCGGCCGUUGCGUCUAGACGCUCUUCCUUGAUAUCAGUGCCUGAGUCUGAUGCAUCGCGUGCGUCUAGCGCCGCUCCUGGCACUCCAGUGCCAAAUUUGGUAUUGUCUGCAUCUCAGAUUCCGAUGACACCGGUUCCUAUGACACCGCCUUUGGAAAAGCCCACAUCAUUGCAAAGAACCAUCCAGCGAGCUCGAAGCUUGGAUGACCUGCAGCGUGGCGUGAAGAGACCGCCGGAAGAUGAGGGCGAUCGUGAACCGAAGCCUUCACAAAGUACGGCGUCGUCUGCUCUGCCGGCUUUUGAGGCCUUGGCAUUGGCAUUGAGCAAUGUUGAGCUGGACAACCUUGCAGCUCAACAUAGCCAUAUGCAUCCUUUGAUGCAGCUGCAGAUAGAUGUGGCGAAGGACCGUCGUGACCCUAUGUCAUGUGUUGAAGCAGAUCAUGGCACAUGGGACGGUCGUUGGGCGAUGCUUUGUGAACGUGACUGGCAGCUUAUGCAAUCCCUGGGUGAACGUUUUCCCAAUGGUGAAGCUGCUGAUCUGUUUGAUGCAACUGAGGUAAACCAGGUGCAAACAGCCAGACGUGAGUAUCAAUGGAGCAAGAUGACUCCAGAGGACAAGAAGCUUUGGGGCGAAGCAGCUGUAAAAGGCUGGAUGGCAUACAUCGACAACGAGGCCAUUGAGGUCCUGUCCAUGGAAGAGAGCCGCCGAGUCAGAGCUGAGUUGGCCCGCAAAUCUGAGUUGGAUCGCAUUCUGGUGCCGAGGUUUGUGUGUACCGACAAAAAUGAUGGUUUGAGAUCAAGCUCCUCCAACCUUCCGGUGCGUCACUCAGCACGGAUGGUCGUACCAGGCUUUAAAGAUCGCGCGAACUUGGAAGGGUCUCUCCGCCGAGAUGCGCCGAUUGGCAGUCGUACUGCGCAACACCUUUUGUUGAUCAUAGCCUAUAGCUGCAUGGAACCAUACAUGGUCUUUGAUCUCGGCAGACGUCAAGGACAACUAGCCAAAGUUGUCAAGGGCAUCUUCGGUUUGGCAGAUGCACCGCGCCAGUGGUGGUUGUGGCUAUCAAAGUCCAUGAGUGAGCACGGAUGGGAGAAGAGUUGCAUUGAUGGAGCACUUUGGUUUCUGUGGUCCGUGGCAGCUGAUGGUUCUCGAACAUUGGAGGGUGCAAUCGUUUCUCACGUGGAUGAUUUGUUGUUCACUGGCAGCCACAAGGCAGAACAGUCACUCAUGUCCAUUGGUGCUGAGUUGGGUUUCGGAUCAGUUGACCGUGAUGAUUUCGUUUGGUGCGGUAAGAGAAUCCGACGCCAUUCAGAUGGUACUAUCCGCAUUUCUAUGGUGGUUUAUCAUGAGAACGCUUCAGAGAUCAUCAUUGAAAAGCACCGCAAAUCUGACCCCACUGCAGCACUGAAUCCUGUGAAGCUCGCAAGCUACGAGCUGUGUGAGUCCCCACCUAGCAUCGGCACUCUGAUCCGUGCAAAUGCUUUGGUGCGUGAGUUCAAAAGGCAUGGAAACUUUGAGUUUGUUUUCAGACCGGUUGAUUUUCGCAAAGCUGGCAUUGUAGUGCUUUCAGAUGCAGCCCUUGGAAACGUCGCUGUAUGCGGUAGCAAUCAAGGAGAUGUUGUGGAAAAGACAUAUAAACAGGCCUGCUACUUUGUGCUUGUGGCAGAGCAAUCAUUGCUUCAAGGUGAGCAAGGACUUUUCAACAUACUGGAUGCGAGGUCACGCAGAAUCCCUCGUGUUUGUCGCUUUACCUAUGCAGCAGAAACGCUAUCUGCUGAAGAAACUCUGGAUUGUGGGCAGCUGGCCCGUGGUUUAUUGGCAUUGGCGCAAGGUCGACAGUUGACCGAACGACGCGCUGAUUUGCUGAUCCACAGCGUUCCUCUGACUGCGGUUGUGGAUGCCAAAGUUGUCUUCGACAAGUCAAAUUCAGAUACACCUGGAUUUGGAUCAUUGAAGUCGCUGGCCUUCAGCAUUGCUUGGAUGAGGUCCGUAUUGCGACUUCCGAAUACUGCUUUGAGGUGGACAUCCACAGAGAACAUGUGGAUUGAUGGUGGGACGAAAGAUAUGGAUUUGUCUCACAUGCGCAGCAUCAUGUCUCUGGGUAGGUGGUCAAUUUCCUACUCCCCGGAGUUUGUCAAGCAGGUUGCCAAAGCCAAGAAACUCAAACCUUUAGGUGUUGCUUCAGCAUGCGCUGAUUCACCUGGAGUGAGAGUGGAUGAUGGAGAUCCUUUGCUUGGACAUUUGAUGAAGAUUGGUGAUAGAAAAGGUUGGCAUUUGAUUAGUGGGAUAGGCAUCCAAGUUGCUUUCAAUGCCCGCCCGUUCCGAACACCAGAUCCCAGAUUUUCCGCUGCCAAGAUGCCGCUUCGAAGUAGCUAUGCAAGAUUCAAUCUGGACGACGCCCAGUGUGAAUGGCGCCGUUUGGAAACGGCCGUGAAGUACAGUGAGCUGCCAAAUCAGCAUGCGUUGAUCGGGCAAACAGUUCCAAUUUGA